AAGCAAACAUGGAGGAUGCACGAGUCGGAUGAGGUGGCUAGACGUAGAUUAUUUAUUUUCAUUUUAUACCAAAUGAACCAGUGGUUUGAAACAAAUGAACUUACGAAGAUGUAAAAGGAGAAAAUGACGGAUUCUUCAGAGACUGCGGACUCUGUCGUCAUAAGUGACACGGGGGAUACUCGCUGUGUCCGGCCAGCUGGAAGUGGAACUGCCCCCUCGAUGGACGACUCGGAUAUGCAGGAAGUAAACAAAUCUGCUACAGGUGCUGAAUCUAACUCGACCGAAGAUACGCAUGAUGGAGACAACAAAAAGAUAGGGACAACGAAGAGAAAUAUAUGUUUUCGCGAACCACACGCCCUAGCAACCUAUUCGGAAGCACCUGAUCCCUGGAAGAAUGCUGAGGUCUGGAACAACACAGAUUUGAUAACUGCUUACAGAAAUGGAUGUGAGCAAAAUAAUGUUCGACCUUUGAGUAAAGUUUUGAAUCAGCUGCAGGGUAUUCAAAAUACAGGAGAGAGACAUGAGCUCCUUAGUCUCAAGGCUGAAAAACUUGACAUUCGUCACUGUGAAAGUCUCGAGGAGGUCCUCCGGAGGGUGCAGUUCAAGUGUAUUGACUUGGAAGCAUGUCAUCUGGAUGAUGAGACAUCAGUAGCUCUGUUCGACAUGAUCGAGUAUUAUGAGUCUGCAUGUAGAGUCAACAUGUCGUUCAAUAAGAACAUUUCCGUGCGAGGGUGGCAGUCCUGUUCCCGUAUGAUCAGGAAGACACCAUGCCUGUUCUUCCUUGAUGCAAGAAACUGUGAUUUAAACGAUCGGCUGAUCCCUGUGAUGGGUCGAGCCCUGAGGAUGGGAUCUUUCCUCACCACCCUACAUCUGGAGAGUACGUCUCUGUCUGGCAGACCCCUGGUCAUACUAGUGGCAGCCUUGAAGAUGAAUGAGAUCUUGAUGGAACUGUUUUUGGCUGACAAUCGACUGAUGCCUAGUGAUGGGAUACAGCUGGGAAACCUCCUGAAGUACAACCACAAGCUUCAGCUGUUAGACAUCAGGAAUAACCACUUACAGGACAUUGGAGCGAGCCACGUGUGUGACGGUUUGUGUGAGCAGAACCUUGGCAAUGGGCUACAGACACUUGUCUUCUGGAAUAACCAGAUCACCUACAACGCCAUGACAGCUGUGGGCAAGGCAAUGGCUACGACUGAUAGUGUAGAGACAUUAAAUCUCGGUCAUAACAAUGUCACCAACGAGGGAAUCCACCUGAUGAAGGACGGGCUUCUCAAAUCCAAGUCUCUCCUGAGAAUAGGUCUGCAGGGCACCAAGGUCACAUGUGAAGGUGCUGUGGCCUUAGCGGAGGUGAUAGCCGACAGUCCGCGGCUGCUGAGACUGGACCUUCGAGAGAACGAGAUUAAAACAGCAGGUUUGAUGGCCCUGUCUCUGGCUCUUAAGGUCAACGAAACAGUUACAAGACUGGACAUGGACCGAGACACCAAGCGAGAGUCGGGAAUGAAGGAUUUUGCUGAGCAGCAAAGGCGACUACAGCAGGACAUCAACAACUUUCUAGAAAGGAACCAAGGCCUGGCGCGUAAGAGGACGGAGGAGGAGAGACUUGAUCUAGAGAGGACCAUCAAGGAGGACACCCGGCCUGGCCGAUCAGACUCCAUCAUUGAACCAGCAGAGACUGCCAAGGAGGACGCCCAAACCAUUGCUUCGUUUGAUAAGAUAAAGCGUCCAAUGCUUCUUGUCAUGGAGGACAGAGCAGCUCAAAAAACUCUGGACUCUCCACAUGUUAAGCCAGAGAACUUGCCAAGCAGUGGUGAUGAGGAUGAAAACGUCCUGCCUUCCAAUAAAGCCCUGGCAAAUGCUGCAACUCCCCCAGCAGAGCUCCUGCUCAGUCCACAGUACUGCACAGUUAAAGCCAAAAAACUGUUCACAGUGUCGCGUGUGGCAGGGCCGCCUCAUCUGCCACUUUCCCAGGCAGGCAUGAGUGCUGGUCACUCUGCUUCGUCCCGACUGGACACAGUCCUGUCACCCUCCGAUACCAACGACCUGAUCGCUCACAUCAGUAAUGGAACGCAUGUUAUGUCUCAGGGUCUCUCAUCCAGAAACAUCACGAGUCCUUCUGAUGUCACUCUUAGUAUACAGGCAGAAAAUGUGAAUCACAUCAUAGAUGAACUAGUGACUGGGGUGUCCGACACCAACUUAACAGACGAGAAAAGUAGUGGAGAGCUCACAUUCCAGGAAAAUAUACAGAAAUCUUGUUUAGAAUCUGAAAGCAAGUCAUGUGAGGACAUUGUAGAUUCACAUGAUUUAGUGACACAGGUUGAUGGAAAUAAUGCCACCAUAUCUGACCAAGGAGAAGGCCAGCCUAGUGUUAACGAGGAGUUUGUGACUCCCAGCAAUAGUGAGGUAGAAGUGAAUGAGUCUGCUACCUUGCGGACAAUUGAUAGUGUCUGUGAUAAUAGUAAACAGAGUGAGGAGGCUUCUGGCCACCUCGUUAGUGCAAUAGGUGAUGUAGGGAAUGGAGAUAACUCUGUAGAGGAGGGUUGUAACUCGGGUAACAUGGACAGUGUAGCUGACAGGUUAUCUGGAAGUCUACCGGAGUUAGACAUUACAGAUUGUGAUCAAACCAAGCAGAAUUGUGAGAAAAGUAAUGAUGUGAGUAACGAUUCUCAAGACAUGCACACUUUGUCUAAAAGUUUACCUUGUGAUAAACUCAAACAAGAAAAGGACUCUGGUAUAGGUAGUUACGAAAACGAUCGUGAUUGGACAAGGCUGGACGCUCCUAAUAAAGGGUUGAAAACCAACGGUUGUGGCAGUCGAAAAGAUGGGCCAGGUUUAUCCAUCAAUAACCCUGAUUUUUACUCUGACUUGACAUUAAAUGGCUUAACACAGGAAUUAGCUAGUGCUCUUGAAAACUUGGAUGUAGACUCGGCUGGAGGGAAGGAGUGUUUGGUUGAUACUAACAAAAAAUCGUGUGGCACUGUGGAUGAUUUUGAGAAAGAACUGGAUGCAAUGUUAGCCGAUGUGAAGAGUGGAUCCAACCUUAACUUACCUUCUUCUGUCUGCAUUUCCAAUUUCCCUUGUACGUUUCCGAUUUUCAUCGCUAAGAUGCCGUUAUUUGAAGGUUUAAGUUACAGCAGUGAUAAGAAUGUCAUUGUAUUAGACAUCGGAUCAGCUUACACGAAAUGCGGCUUAGCUGGAGAAACCGGACCGAGAUGCAUUAUUCCUAGUGAAAUAAAAAAUGCCAAAUCAGGAAAGAUUGUCAAGCUAUGGGACUUUGAAAAGGAAGAUGAGCUAUAUGAGAAUAUCAAAGAUUUCCUUUUUGUCCUGUAUUUCAGACAUUUGUUGCUGAGUCCAAAGAACAAACGAGUAGUGGUAUGCGAGUCCCUACUUUGUCCUAUCAUCUUCAGAGAAGCAUUGGCAAAAGUUCUUUUUAUUCACUAUGAGGUUGCCACAGUGAUGUUUGCAUCUGGUCAUGUCAUGUCGCUGCUGACCCUUGGGUCCACUACUGGUCUAGUGAUGGACAUCGGCUUCACAGAAACACUUGUCAUUCCUGUAUAUGAAGGCAUCCCUGUGGUAAAAGCGAUACAGUGUAUACCUUUAGCAGCCAAAGCCAUCCAUGGAAAAAUAGAAAAUCUCCUUUUGGAUUCUGCGACAGUGAUGACGGAUACCAGGGAAGAAUGCCCCCUGUCCGGUCUACCAGAUUGUUUAAAUGAACAAAUUUUAGAAGAUAUAAAAGUGCGUUGCUGUUUUGUGACCAAUCUGAAGAGAGCUAAGGCUAUCCAGGAAGUAGUCAUCCAUGGUGCAGACGAGUCGAUGCUGCCCACUCCUCCUCCCAGUGUCCAGUACCCUUUGGAUGGAGGCAAAGUUCUAAACAUCACUGGAAAAGUCCGGGAACAAAGCUGUGAAGUGCUGUUUGAACAGGAUAACGAGGAGCAGUCUGUGACAACCUCCAUCUUAGAUGCCAUCCUUAAGUGUCCCAUAGACAUGCGUCUGGAGUUGGCAAGCAACAUUGUGAUUAUCGGCGGCACAUCCAUGCUGAAGGGGUUCCACCAUCGUAUUGGAUCAGAACUCUACGACCUCCUCAGGAAACCCAAGUACAGGGAACAGUUGUCCAUCCGGACAUUCAAGUUCCACAAGCUGCCAGCAAAGGAAAACUAUGCUGCAUGGCUUGGGGGUGCUAUGAUGGGGUCAUUGGAGACUUUACCAAGCCGAUCAGUGACGAGAGACAGUUACCAACUCUCGGGGAAACUCGCUGACUGGUGCUCCAUCACAGAGCAGGCUGUAUCUGGCUGAGGAACAGAAUCUCAUACUUUUAUACCAUUUCACCUACAACAAUAUAUUGAGUGAAUCAGAUUCAAAGAAAACUGCAAUAUCCUACGUGAUGGAUGUUGCAGACACAUCUAGAUAACACCUAGACUGGUCGACUUUAAUCUGUUGUUGGUGGUAAUGAUAGAAAAUCAACUGUGCAAUAUUGAUGUUGGAAAGUUUAACUGUUGUCUUGCAAAAUUCAAGUGACACACUGCCAUUUAGAUUGAGUGGCUUUUCUGAAAUGAACAUGUCAAGUAUCCAGACACUUGACAAAUACUAGCGUGUCAAUAACUAAUCACAUGGGUUAAACUGUGAGUCGCAGAUCUCUGCUUUCAUUGGAUUCAAAUCAUGGACUAAUUUAAAAACUUCAUCGAAAACAACAAUGAUGGAUAUUACAGAUUUUGUAAAAUCCUGCGAGAUUUUGUAAGAUAACAGGUUUGUUAUCAGAUCAGGAACAAGUUUAAAGUGACAGACAUUUAGUGCUUCAAUACCUGUACAUCAUGUGCUGUAGUUGUAAUGUAAGAUUGCUGCUAGAGACAGAGCAAGCUCUGUAACUAUGGUGUUUAUUGUGCUACUGUGGUAAGGUCUACUUUUACUUAUAUGUGGUGUUGGCUAUAAUGCUUACAAGGUGUCUAGCUUGAAAAAACAGCAAUUAAGUCUUUACUUGUGGGUCAAGGUUUUCCAAGAACCAAACUGUAAAAAUAUUUGUUGAAAAAUAAAUCUUGAACACAGAG